AUGUCAGCUCGGCACGCCGAGAAUAAGGGGCCAACUGCUCUGGCAAUCGUCGUGUGUGUAUCAGUUCUCAGCACAGUCUUUACCGCAGCAAGACUCUUCACAAGGGGGAAGGUUCUCGGGAAAAUCAGUCUGGACGACUACUUUAUUGUUGCGUCUGUGGUUUGCGGUUGGAUGAACGUUGCAACUGUAGCAGUUGCUGUUUCCUACGGAUAUGGACGCCAUGCCGAUACCCUUUCUGUCGAUGAAAAGUCAGGUGCCAUGCUUUGGAGCAUUGCCGGUUACCCGCCCGGCCUUCUUUCAUUCGGCAUCCCGAAACUCGCCGUCGUCGCGUUGCUCACCCGAAUUCUGAACCCAAGUAGAUGGCACAAGAGGUUUCUUUGGGCCUUGUCCAUAAUUUGCGUCGUCAACUUAAUUGGGUUCAUCACGAUCAUCUUUGCCCAAUGUUCACCAGCACGCUCCCAAUGGGAUUCAUCAGUCUCUGGUAAAUGUUGGAGCAAGUGGAUCCUUGUAUCCUUCGCGACGUACUCAGGAGCAUUUUGUGCCUUUGCCGAUGUCUACCUUUCCGUGUACCCCGCCGUUGUCUUGUCGAAAUUACAAAUGAACCGAAGGAAGAAGAUUGUACUUAGCGUAGCUCUCGGUUUUGGUUCGCUUUCGGGAAUUGUGGUCAUCUACAAGUGUAUCAAACUCCCGAGCCUCACAAGCUCGGAUUACACAUAUGACACCGUUGAGCUUGUAAUUUGGACAGUUGUUGAAGGCAGCAUCAUUAUCAUAGCCGCAUGCAUCCCUGUCUUGCAACCCCUCGGCGAACUCCUAUUCGGCAAACGCAUCUUCUCCUCAGGCAACGGCAAAUACUUGUCAGGAAACUCCAAAUCGAGACUCAGUGGCAGAUUGGGGACAAAGAAGGGACUUUUCCGAACUCCUGUCAAGAAGGCUUCUCAAGAGGGAUUCGACGCGGAUAGUUUCAACAGCGUUGGCAAGACGACAGUUGUUGGAAGGGGUAGUCAAGAGAGUAUCCUUGAGCAGCAUGACUCUGAUGGGAAGAUUGUACGGACAGAUGCUUUCACCGUCACCAUCGAGAUGAGAAAGACGGACAGGCAUUGA